GUUUAUAAUAUACAAUGUCAAAGUGAAAUUGUAAGAGGUCAAGUCUUAAACAUAACCUGGGAUCUAGUUUAUCCACCUCCACACGACAAUGGAGAUUAUUACAUUUAUUUGGUGCCUAUUGAUGAACCUAAUAAAAGUACCAGUCUUGGUUAUAUAAUGUUCAGUAACAAGGGAUAUUAUUUGUGGGCAGUAAAUGUAGACCCUGGUGCUUAUUAUAUUAGUAUGAAUAAGCUAGAGUCCAAUACGUUUCACGUUCUCCAAAAGUCAAGUGAUUCUAAAAAACUCAAUUCUGGUGGUCGUUUAUAUAUAUGUGUGGAUAUUGGUCCUGCAUCUGAUGAUGGUUAUAACCCUGAUGAUGGUUAUACCCCUGAUGGUGGUUAUAACCCUGAUGAUGGUUAUAAUCCUGAUGAUGGUUAUAAUCCUGAUGAUGGUUAUAAUCCUGAUGAUGGCUAUAAUCCUGAUGAUGGUUAUAAUCCUGAUGACGGUUAUUAUCCUGAUGAAGAGGAAGAUUCUUACUGA